CCGUGUUCCGCUCAGAGAGCAGAGAAGGUUCUGCUGUCAGAGAGCUUUCCCGUCUCAUCAAAGUGAAAUCACUCUGAGAAUAGCAGCACGAUGGAAAACAGUGCGCCCAAAUCCAACGGUGUGAUGAAAGGAGGGCCGAGGAUUGUUGUGGACGACGACGAUGAAGUUCUCAGUCCGACAGACCUGUCUGAGCUGCUCGCUGAAGGGACCAAGGAGUCGCACGACAAAGCCGAGAACUGCCAGUUUGUCAAAGAUUUCCUGAGGGGUCGCAUCCAGAGGGAACUCUUUAAGAGAGGCACAGCGGCUCUCUACUACGUCUACUCGGCCAUGGAGGAGGAGAUUGAGAAGAACAGAGAGCACCCUCACCUCGCUCCCAUCUAUUUCCCCACAGAGCUGCACAGACGCGACGCCCUGGCUCGGGACCUGGAGUAUUUCUAUGGAGAGGACUGGGAGAACCAGAUCAGCCUCUCUGCGGGCACCAAGCCGUACGUGGACCGCAUCCACGAGGUCGGGGAGUCGGACCCGCUGCUGCUGGUGGCCCACUCGUACACCCGCUACAUGGGAGACCUCUCCGGAGGACAGAUCCUCAAGAAAGUGGCCCAGAGGGCCCUGAAGCUGCCGUCGACAGGAGAGGGCCUCAACUUCUACCAGUUCGAAGGAAUCCACAGUCACAAAGGCUUCAAGCAGCUGUACCGGAGCAGAAUGAACGAGCUGGAGCUGAACGCAGACGCCAAACAGAGGAUUGUGGACGAGUCAAACCGGGCCUUCGGCUUCAACAUGAUGGUGUUCACAGAGCUGGAGGACAUUGGAAAAACCAUUAAGGAAGAAGUCCAGGAUGCGGGACUGGGACACAGUCACGCAGAGAUCAUGGAGGGGGGAGACAUCAACAAGUGUCCAUACUAUGCUGCAAAAAUGGCGGCCAGUGGAAACCCGUCCUAUGCGUGCCAGUUAGCGGUGCUGCUCCUCAGACACCCCCCCUGCCAGGUGGCUCUGGCCACAUGGGUGGCCCUCCUCGCCGGGUUUGCUGCCUGGUACUUCUUCUGAGCGCCGCCACACUCCAAUCAAGACUGGACGAAAUGUUCUUUCUUGCAGUUUGACAGGUGAAACCAAAAACUGUUGUUAUCCAGGUAUUUUUCUCUGAAGCAUCUGAUGCAUUUUUUUUAAUUUAAGUUUCUGCUGCAAGCUCCGCUUGAAUAUUGUUGUAGUUUUUUCUCAUUUAUUCUACUUGCGGGACAUGCAGAUCAAUGCCUUUGAGAGUGCCGGCAGCAGCAGAGUAAUGUUUGUGUUGAUGCAGCUGUGAGACGGUCACACAGCGCAUCCUGAUGCAUGUAAAUGAUUUGCUGGAUUCACUGUAUGCAGAGUUUUGAAUCUGUUUUCAUAUUAAUUUCUGGAUACACUGUACAAUUUGUACAUUUUUCU